ACAGAGAAAUUAACUGCUUUAAGCUCUCUCUCUCUCCCCAUCUCCACACAAACAUACAGACAUCAGAGAUUAUCGUCUGUGUGUGUUUGGAACAAGAAGUGGGAGCUCUAGUAUUCUCCCAUUUCCAGAGAGGUGUCAAGGCUGGGGCAGACAGAGAAGGGAAACAGUAACAUGGGAAAAGGUUUCAGGCCAUUACUUCUCAGGGCAAGGAAUGCGUUCACUCGUGCAACAUCUGCAAAGCUCCGCUGACUGUGGAAACAGAGCGAGAAUCAUUUUCUGUGAGUGGGAUGUCCAACGCGAAAAUAUGAACGCAUGAAGAUGAAAUGCCACAAUGUGUGACGGCCAUGCCAAGAGGAAGAUGCUGCUAUAGAGGUUCAGCUAAAGACAUGAAUCUGAAACAUAUCUUUUUGUCCAUUUUGUCAUUUGGAGUGGCUGGGCUGUUACUUAUCAUGUACUUCCACGUGUGGAUUGAAGAACAGCCUGUAGUGUUGAGAUACAAGAUUCAACAGGACCAAACUACGAAGGUCUGGAUUGGACCCACAGAGAUGCAGGAGAAAAGUGUGGAGGCCAAGGCUGACCGAGUGAAGGGUCCGAGCCCCAGGACUGGGCCUGGGACUGGGACUGAGCCUGGGCCUGCCAGGGAUGGGACCUCUCUGAGGAAGCAGAGGAAGGUGGGGAGCCUGCUGCUGAAGAGAUUUCUCCAGCCCGCGCCACUGGGCCCGAGGAGUGAGCGGACGCUGGCGGUGGACGAGGACCACGAGCGGAGGAGGCUGCACGUCGCUGAGUUCUGCAGGAAGUAUCAGGUCAGCAGGCCCAGGGGCUCCCUUAACAGGCUUGUCUCGCGGGUGUACGUGGAGGACAGGCACAAGCUGCUGUACUGCGAGGUGCCCAAGGCUGGAUGCUCCAACUGGAAGAGGGUCCUGAUGGUGCUGAAUGGCCUGGCCUCCUCCCCGUACAACAUCUCCCACCAGUUUGUGCACUACGGGACACACCUCCGCCACUUGGACAGCUACAGCCUACACAAGAGCUACCAGCUCCUGGGCAGCUUCACCAAAGUGCUGUUCGUGAGGGACCCCAUGGAAAGGCUGGUGUCCGCCUUCAGGGAUAAGUUCGAGCACCCCAACGUCUACUACCACCCGGUGUUUGGCAAGGCCAUCCUCAGGAAGUACAGAGCCAACGCCAGUGCCGAGGCACUGGGCACAGGGGCUGGCGUGACCUUCGGUGAAUUUGUUCACUACCUCCUGGAUCCACAGAAGCCCGUUGGCAUGGACAUCCACUGGGAGCCCAUCAGCCGGCUCUGCUCGCCCUGCCUCAUCGAUUACGACUUUAUUGGGAAGUUCGAGGAUCUGGAGAAGGAUGCCAACUACUUCCUAAAGCUGAUUGGUGCUCCUGUCGAUCUCCAGUUCCCCAGUUUCAAAGACCAGCAUUCCAGUGAUGAGAGAACCACACCAUUGGUUGUCAAACACUAUCUCCUUCAGGUACCACCCUUGCAAAGGCAACAACUCUACAAUUUUUAUUACCUGGACUACCUCAUGUUUAACUAUUCAAAGCCACGCUUUUGAUACAUUUGCGGGGGGGGGCCCUGAGAAAUGGCAGUAAUUUAUCAAUCAGGAAAGCUUAAUAUAUUCUGUGAUGUAGAUCUUAUUUUGAUGUCUCCUGCAGGUGGACUCUUAUUUGAACUUGGAGCCUUCAAAGUAUUUUCUUACUCUUUCUUUUACUCAGUAGAAUAACAGGGUGAUGGGAUUGAAAAUGGUGGCCCCCCCCCCCACCAUCCUCAGCUCAGUUCCUUCAAAGAUAAAUGCAGUGUGCUGUUCAUCUAAUUGAUGAACAGGAUAAGGUACAUAGGUGGGAUCGAAAGACUGGAAUCCUAGCCUCCACUGAUGAAGUUAUUCCCAGCUGAGGUGCCCACACUUUGCAUGAGGCAUUCCUGAACUGGGGAAGGGGAGAUUCGUUCCGUCAAGGUACCUAUGUGUGGGCAGAGUGAUGCAGGCUGUGGUGCACUCCACAGUCGAAUAGCAUCGCCUGGCCUCACGGUCAGGAAACCUCUUGCGUCAGGAAUGGCUUUCUCAGAGAGAAUCUUGGAGGUUGUCAUCCCAUCCCUGGGGCAAGAGUCUUCAUGGGUGAAAAGGAAAUGAUGGAGAAAAUUGUAAGGGGACUGAUAAGGUAGAUGUUUACAGCUAGCAGUCUAUGAGGUGAUAAUUACUCCUAACUCUUUCUUUCCAAUCAGGAUGAUGUGUAACCGAGGGAGAGAAUGUUGGAUCAUCCUGGUGUAUCUCUUUUUUUCACUCUGCGCGACCAGCUGAGGGGAUUUGGAAAUGAUUUCCCCAGUUGCCCUUUCUAAAGGUGCUUGGAUUUUCCUUCCUUCACUCAGGGGAUAUUGGUGUCUCUGAAAAGACCAGCAAUUACCCAUCCCUAAUUGCCUCUGAAACUGUGUGGCUUGCUCAGUCAUAAGACAUAGAAGUGAAAGUGGGCCAUUCAGCCCAUCGAAUCUGCUCUGCCUUUCAAUGAGGUCCUGACUGUGGGCCAUUACAGGGGGCAGUUAAGAAUCAACCACAUUGCUGAGUGUCUGCAGCCAUAUGUAGGCCAUGCUGCAUAAGGAUGGCAGAUUUACCUAUCUAAAAGGAUGUUAGUGAACCAGGCUUCUGAGGAAGGGUCACUCGACAUCAGCUCUGGUUUCUCUCCACAGUUGUCGCCAGGCCUGAUGAGCUUUUCCAGCAACUUCAAUUUUUGUUAGUGAACCAGAUGGGUUUUUACCACAAUCGAGGAGUUACUUGAUGGUGGUUAGCUCAGUUCUCUGAACAGCUGGCCUUGGAAGGCAUUGUAGCACCAACAGCAUGGGUUCAAUUCCCGUACCAGCUGUGGGUAGCACAGCCAUCUGACUUUCUCAACCUCUUCCUGAGGCGAGGUGUCCCUUGGUUUAAACCAUCACCAGACAUCUUUUUUUCAUUAGAUUGCUUACAGUGUGGAAACAGGCCCUUCGGCCCAACAAGUCCACACCAACCCGCCGAAGCGCAACUCACACAUACCCCUACAUUUACCCCUUACCUAACACUACGGGCAAUUUAGCAUGGCCAAUUCACCUGACCAGCACAUCUUUGGACUGUGGGAGGAAACCGGAGCACCCGGAGGAAACCCACGCAGACACGGGGAGAAUGUGCAAACUCCACACAGUCAGUUGCCUGAGUCGGGAAUUGAACCCGGGUCUCAGGCGCUGUGAGGCAGCAGUGCUGCCCACUAAUCUCUCUCCAAUGAGAGAGCAGGCCCAAUAUCUUGUAGGAGUACGGUGCUGCUCAAGAUCAGAGUGAAAUUACUGACGUUAACUUUUAUUUUUAGCUGAUUUAAUUUGUUGACAUUAGAUAUCCCCAGCAGUGCCGGGAGUUGAAUUCUUGGUCAUUAAUCUAAUCCUCCAAAGGGCAAAUCCACGAGGGUAACCACUACAAACAGUGCCACUGUUUUCUCAUUACCAGUUUAACAUCAGUUGGGCAUCAAUUUAACAGUUGCCAGGCACACAAGUUACGGCAAUUCUGAGGACUGGAUUUUCCUCGCCCUCUUCUGCUCAGGUCAUGGAAGCUCUUGCAUCUCCCCGGCAACCCCACAUUCUUGGGUUAGGUAAAAACAAUGACUACGGAUACUGGAAACCAGAUUCUGGAGUAUAGUGGUGCUGGAAAAGCACAGCAGUUCAGGCAGCAUCCGAGGAGCAGGAAAAUCGACGUUUCAGGCAAAAGCCCUU